CUCCCUGAUGGCACCACUAUUCUCAGUGUGAUGCUUGCUUCAGACAAAAUGCAUCUGACAAAUUUCAUUGGUGAUCAACGCAUGCAUCCACUCUAUAUAUCUCUAGGGAAUAUCCAUAAGGAUGUCCGCCGAAAGAUUAAUCGCCACGCCUGGAUGUUGCUUGCAAAGCUACCAGUAUGCAAAUUUGCCCAGACAACGUUCGACAUGUCAGGUGGAACUCUCGAAGAAGCUGCAUGCAUGCCUGGAAUAGUACAACAAAAGAUGUUUCAUCGCUGCAUGGAAAUUACACUGGCUCUCCUUCUCACCGUUCAGCAAGUACCCAGAUUGAUGACUGGUCCUGAUGGCCUGGUGCACGCGUGCGUGGCAAUUCUGAUGUCACACUUGGCUGAUCUCGAAGAGCAACAAAUGAUCGCUAUAACACAGGUGGGGCACUGUUUGGUGUGCUUAGUC